AUGGCUUCUGUGGAGGAGCAGAAACAGCAACGGAGUUACUUUGUGCGGCUGGGUUCCCUCUCUAACAAAGUCCGCCGCCGAGCCUACCAGCACUCCCUGAACAAACUGCAGCGUGUUAAGCAAAGCACCCAGGAUACUCUCUCACGACUACAGCUGGCAAUAAAACUGAUUGAAUCUGUGAAACAGGAGGUUGGCCAGAAGCUCCUGGAUGGGCAGGAGAAGCUCCAUCAGCUGUGGGUGGACUGGAGCUUGACCCAACCCAAAGGAAACCAAGUUAAAACUGCCUCCCAAGCAGAGCAGGUAGAGUCACGGACUCUAGCUAUGCUGCAUAUCAUCACCCAGCAGCUACAACCUGUUUUUGAGAAUCUGAAAGCCAGCAUCCAAGGUCUGCCCAGCAACAUCCAAGAAGCUGUGUAUCAGGCCACUCGAAAUAUCCACAAGCUCCAUAGUUCUUUUUCCAGUGCUAUGUCUUUCCAGGACCUCUCCAGCACCACCCUGACCCAGAGCCAGGACUGUGUGACAGAAGCCCGAAGGUCCCUAGAUGACCUGUUUGAGUAUGUAACUCAGAACACCCCGCUGAACUGGCUUGUGGGUCCCUUCAGGGCAAUAGCUAAAGUGUCACAGGAUAGCAGAAAGCAGAAGAAAGAUAUGGUGACUGAUAUAAAAUCACCCAUGUUAGAAAAGGCUACAUCCUCAAAGGAGGUGGCUAAGACACCUGAAGAACCAAAGGGAGCGAACAGGAUCCUGGGGGAAGGGUGUGAAGUGCUAGAGAAGCUGGAAGAGAAGGCAGAGAAAGACACAGAGGUGGCACUGGCUGCAAAGGAGAUAAAAACUAAUGCACCAGAGGAAGAUCUCUGAAAAAUACCAGCUCUUCUGGCCAAGGCUCCCUGGCUAGAACAGCACUUUAACUGUGCGUCCAACUGCCAAGAGUGCCUCCUGCUCUCUCGCUGUCCCAGGCUGAGUUUACAGUAAGAUGUAGUUUUCAAGGAGGCUUGAUAACCAAGGUGGGGUGAUUCCAUGUCUUGAUUUAUUAUGUUUUAAAUCAUGGUGCUGCACUGAAAGGGAAGAUGGGGACCUGUACUUCAGCUUAAGCCAGCCCAGCUGUAUGUGUGAAUGGCUAAUUCUUGCUGAGACAAGUUGUGAGAAAGAAGUGGUCUCAACUUAUUUUUAAUGUUGAAUUUCUUUUUAAUUCAUCCAAGCUGCAGAGAUCUUAAGAGGAUGAUGCGCUUGACCUUUGAUUCCAUUUCCCUUCUUCAAAUUUAAAAAUGUGUUGCAGACAGGACUUCCUUUUUGCCUGCUGUGCUUCUGGUGAGCCUCAGCCCUGCAGCAGACCAGGAACAGUUGGGGGCAAAGGCUGCUUCUCGAAGAGACACUUUUCCUUAUGGAUCAGCCAAAUGCUUUUUAUUUUAUAGAGCAACACUUUGCAAGGUGGGAUUUUCUUUCAAGCAUGCCAAUUUGCAGUGGGAUUUUCUUGCCUAGUUAUAUAAGUGACUUCAGGGAUCAUCUCUUCAUGAGUAACUCCAUGCAUGAAGCUUCUUGCAGCCAUCAAGAAACUGGCAAAUGAGGCAGCUCUUGCCAGGAGUUACUCUGCCAUGGUAAUAGGAUAUCCUGUUACUAAAAUAACAGGGGAGAGAAGUGUGGGUUGUUUCCCUAGCAAACAAUGCUUUGUAAUCAUUCCUAAUGUAAUUUAUUUUGGUAUUUUAUGUCCUGGCAUGACCCUGUGCUAAGGCUGGAAUAAUGGGAAGCAGACUUCAGAAUAAAGUAUCACCUGCAUUCAAA